AUGCUGGUGCAGUUCGCGGUGGUGCUGGGCGGGUGCAACUUCGAGACCACCAUGGCCUGCUCCGAGGAGUCCAGACUCGUCAGCGAGGUGAGCGGCGAGGGCGCCCUCCGGCUCCUCGCCGCGGCAAUGGAGGGGCGGAGGAGGGGAUGCGAUAGAGAGCGGGAGGAGGCCAAGGCGAGGUAUGAGGUGUUCGUCAAGAGCAAGAAGGGGAGGAAGGAGAGCAAGGCACGAAGAGAGGUGCUCGUAGGCCUGUGCUGCUCCGCCGCCAACGAUGUCGCUGUGCUGGCCUUCUUCGUCACCGUCGUGCUCCGGUGA